AUGCAUGACGAAAACAACAAAAGUUUGAAGGGAAAAGAGAAACAGGAGGGCAUUGAGACAACGAGUUCUAUAGCCAAACCUCCCAGAUUUAAAGUUCCAAAACUGAUUAUACCAAUAAUCGAAGAAUCAGAAUUCGAAGGAACAGAUUCGAAGGGUAAGGAUUCGAAGGAUAAGGACACGAAAGAUAAGGAUUCGAAGGGUAAGGAAUCGAAGGGUAAGGAUUCGAAGGAUAAAGACUCGAAGAAUAAUGAGCAAACAAGUAAAGCUACACUCAAAGGAAAGUCAACGCAUCAACCUCGUCGCGGUAAAUUAUCCAUACUGUUUAAUAAGGAUUUGGCUGAAACUGAGGAAAUUGAAAGCCUUAAUCCUGAAACAAAGCUUGAAGAAGUUAAAGUAAAAGACAAAAAACAAAAGGAAUUAAUGGAUGUCGAGAAGGAGGAGAUUGAAGCUAAAAAGGAUCAGAUUUUUGAAGAAGUUGACAACAAACAUGAGGAGAUUGAACUGGAAAUGGAAAAAUCAACAUCUUCGAGUGCUUUGUCUCACAAAGAAGAGUUAAAGAAAGCCAAAAAGAUGAUGAACAAGGAGGAUAUAACUAAAUUGGUUUCGACUGCAAUUGUUAAAAAUCCAUCACCGAUGAUUAAACCGGUGAAGCAUGAACCGAUAACUGCACUUUAA